GUUGGUGGCCUCUUCCCAUGCAAUCCCCUUCAGGGACUGUGAGGUGGGUCAGCCUCCCUUUGUACAUUGUUCCAGGAUUUGGAAAGGCCAUUUGGCAAACACUAUCUAAUAGAACAAAAAUGUGAGCCACAUUUGUAAUCAUCACUUUUCUUAAAAACAGGUGAAAUAAAUUUUAAAAAUAUAUUUCAUUUAACCCAAUAUAUAAAAAAUAUUAUUUCAACAUAUAGUCAGCAUUAAACAUUAUUAAUGAGAUACUUUGUAUUCUUUUUUCAUACUAAGUCUUUGAAGUUAGGAGUGUAUUUGACCUAUAGCACAUCUCACUUUGGACCAGCCACAUUUCAAGUUUCAGUUGCCACAUGUGGCUUGUGGCUACUGUAGCAGACAGCACAGCUGAGACAGCCCUCAGACCCACUCCUGCAGCCCAGACCAGUUUUAUCCAACUCUGCCUUCAAGAUGGAGGAAUUGUGAGAUGAUCACUUGCCUCUUCAUCAUGCCCCAGAAAUGGUGGCCUGGCAGAAAAGAUAACCAGGGAAGAAAAUCUUUAUACUGACUGAACAACACAACUCAGAAGAAAAAGAGCUACACUUCUCUCACAGUAGAUUGUUAGUAAAUGUACUAAAUCCUGAUUAAGUCCAACACUCCUGUGAACAGUUAGAUAUGGCAUGAAAUGCCUGCAAUAUCUAUUAAGAAACAAGUUUCGUGGUAUACGAAACAGAAAUUUAUCUUUAUUGUGAAUAUUAAUUUUUGCCAUUAGCUUAUCUUCUUAGUAAUUGUCUUUUAUUAGUUACGUAUAAUAAGUUUGUAAGUAUUAAAUACUUGAAAGGUACUAAAAUACUUUAAAGUAUUGAACAAUUAGGACUUUUCAUCAAUUCACACGUAAUUACCCCCUUCCCUCUUUCGAAGCCUCCCUUGUACUUAUUUUUUUCCAAAAAUCAAAGAAAUUUGGUGUUAUAGCAACUUCAGAACUCAAUCAGGAAAAUGAUGGUUAGGACAGUCUAGAAAUCGUUCUUCUUUUGGCACAGUAAUAUUUUUUUUUUCUUUCAGAUUUCCUCCCAAGCAUAGACCCUUUCCUUCCAGGGCAAGCUCCAGCAUGGGGUGAGGUACAGAAGAGAGACUUGAAGGAUACACCCUGGCACUCAAGCACAAAACCUGCACCCUUGACCAGGGUCUCUUAUUCCAUGUCUGUGAUGGGGCAAAAUGGUAUCUUCGUUUAUAUGUCAUUUAUGUGUGUGUGUUUUCAUUUGUGCAUUUGUCUUACCUUCCUUGGACAUGUGCCCUUGAAGGCAGUAGCCUGGCAGAGGGUGUAAUCCCAGAAACUUGGCCUGAGAGGUGCCAGGAUCUCCAGAGACACUCAGGGCACAGCACAUCCUGCUCCAGAGGCACAGGGAGAGAACAUGCUAUAUCCACCACUCCUUCCCAAGAAGGAGGGGAACAGAAGCUUCAGAGCCCACCCCUGCAGGGCUCACGGUACAUGGUAAACCUAGCUGCAGCCCACCUCUGAAACAGCCACAGCACCUGCUGUGAGAGAAGGAACCCUGGAAUCCGCGGACCAGUUUUCCAGGCCUCCCUCUCUUCCCUCUGCUACCGUUCCCUUUCUAGGCCUUAAGAAAACUGAAAAUAACACUCAGCUGGAGGAGGUGGACUCCAGAGUGUGAGUGGCACGCUGCACCCUGAGGGCGCCCGGCUGGCCCUCAUCAUGCUCGCUGCCUCAGAGGCAGCAGCCGGCAGGCCUUAUGGGUGCAGUGAGUGUGGAAAGAGCUUCCGCUACAGUUCGGUGCUGCUGCGGCAUGAGCGCGCCCAUGGUGGCGACAGCCGCUUCCGCUGUCUAGAGUGCGGCGAGCGCUGCGCACAGGCCGCAGACCUCCGUGCGCACCGACGCGCUCAUGCGGGCCAGACGCUCUACAUCUGCAAUGAGUGUGGCCAGAGCUUCCAUCACAGCGGCCGCCUUGACCUACACCAGAGCGCGCACAGGCGGCGCAGCCGCUCCUGCCGCUGCCGAGCUUGCGGCCGCUGCUUCCCACAUCUCCCGGCUCUGCUGCUGCACAGGCGCAACUGGCACCCUCCCGAGCGGCCCCGCCGCUGUCCGCUGUGCCCUCGUGCCUUCCGCCAGAGCGCACUGCGCUUCCACCAGGCACGGGCACACCCGUGGGGGACACCGGCCGUGCCCGCUGACACGCUCCAUCGCUGCACUCAGUGCCCGCGGGCCUUCCGCAGCGGUGCGGGACUUCGGAGCCAUUUGCGUGUCCACGCGGCCAGGAGCCCUGGUGACUCCACACUUCGGCAGCCAGUCACUUCGGACGCACACCAAUGUGGCGUGUGUGGCAAGAGCUUUGGCAAGAGCUCCACACUAACGCGACACCUGCAGACGCACUCGGGUGAGAAACCUUUCAAAUGCCCGGAGUGUGGCAAGGGCUUCUUGGAGAGCGCCACCCUGGUGCGCCAUCAGCGCACGCACACGGGCGAGAAGCCCUACGCCUGCAGCGACUGCGGGCGCCGCUUCAGCGAGAGCUCCACGCUGCUGCGCCAUCGGCGCAGCCACCAGGGAGAGCGGCCACACGCAUGCGCCACGUGUGGCAAGGGCUUCGGGCAGCGCUCCGACCUUGUGGUGCACCAGCGCAUCCACACAGGCGAGAGGCCCUUCCCGUGUACCGAGUGUGGCCGCUGCUUCAGCGACCGCUCGGACCUCACAAAGCACAGGCGCACACACACAGGCGAGAAGCCCUACCGCUGUGAGUUGUGCGGCAAGCACUUCACGUGCGUGUCCAACCUCAACGUGCACCGGCGCAACCAUGCUGGCCACAAGCCCCACAAGUGCCCUGAGUGUGGCAAAGCCUUCAGUGUGGGCUCCAAGCUGGCACUGCACCGCAAGACGCACCUGGGCGAGCGGCCGGCGGAAUGUGCGGAGUGUGGCAAGUGUUUCAGCCACAGCCGCUCCCUGUCGCAGCACCAGCGGGCCCACACACGUGCUCGCGCCGCCGCAGCUACAGCUGCCGCUGCCACUCAGGCCAAGGCAGGCACUGCCCUCAUCUUUGCUGGGCAAGCAGGACAGGAAAAGCCAGGGUUUUUUGUGUCUCAGUUGAGAAAGCCUUGCUGAGCGUCUCCUCCGGAGUGGGCUAGAUAAGCACUUUUAUAGUGCCAUAGGGACGGGUGGGACAACUUACAGAUGUAGUUCUGUGGAAGGACAGCGUGGCAUAUUACCUUUCUCCAUCUCUGUUGGUAGCACUUCACCUGGCCUCUCGCUGCACCCCUACACCUACUUCCCCUGUCAGCUCUUUGCCUGUUCUCAGUCCGUCCUUCUCCCCCUCUGAGGUGUAGGUGCAGGGAGAACCUCUCAGACCCCACGCGUGGAAGAGCGCCCAGGUAUUGGUGUGUCCCAUCCCUGCUGCUGUGCUCUCAGGUGUUUCCUUUUUUCCCAUCAGCAUUCUGUCUUCUCUUGUCCCAUCUCCUUUUUCCAGCCUGAGUCUCCUCUACCUCUUCUUUCCAGAUACUUUUGGUGUCCUGCCUCUUCAGGUAAUGACCACAGAUGUGGCCAGAGUCACAUCCCACAGGCCCUGUGGUUUUCUUGCCUCUUCCUUUCACUUGACUGUUAGUCUCUCUGCUGCUUUCUCCCUCAGCUUCUGAGAGAUGGGAAAUUUGCAGAGAGAUAGUGGCAAAGCUCACUUCACUGAAAGAUAUCUCCACACCAGAAGCACCCAGAGAAGUGCUUCACACCAUGUAAAGGUGGGCAGGAGCUCUCAGCAUGGCUGCCCACCUGUCCCAUGGGACAGACCUGUUGGUGUACAGAUUAAGGUGCCUCUCAGGGCAGUGUUCUCCAGGUGGGGGACAUCAGCCCUGGGACCUGAGUCAAGACCACAUGGGUCCACAAAGCUGGGCACUGACAAGUGCAGUAAGAACGCUAUACACAAAUUAAGCUUGGAGCCAUGAGGAAACUGAGCUCCACAGAGGCCACAGUGCAGGGCUGAAAAUUCCCUGUAAUUGGCCAGCGAUUGUUUUGCUUGCAGGUGUUGAAAUAAAGAAUUAUUUGAGUUC